UCUGAUCUCAAAGGCCAUGAACUAAUAUUGUUCACUCUUCAUGGUGUUGUACAUUUUUACAGAAGGCGUUUUAUCUCCCAGCGCUGCUCUCUAGAAUUUUUAGAAGACAUAGUGGAAUGUGCCAGUGUACGAAGAACUAAGCACAUACCCGGAUCUCCAAGACACACAAGCUUGAAGAAGAUGCACUUCAUCAAGAAUAUGAGACAAUAUGAUACAAAGAAUAGCAGGAUAGUAUUAAUCUGUGCUAAACGAACCUUAUGUGUGGCUUUUUCUAUUCUGCCAUAUGGGGAGAACUUACGAAUCAGUGAUCUAAAAAUGGAAGGGCAGAAACAGCGACAUCCUUCUGGUGGUGUUUCAGUCUCCUCAGAGAUGGUCCUUGGAUUGGAAGGAGUGGAGCUUGGAGCUGAUGGCAAGGUUGUGUCCUAUGCAAAGUUCUUGUAUCCAACCAACGCCCUUGUUGGCCGCAAAAUUGAUAAUCAUGGUGCUGUUCCUCCAUGUCGAUUCAAUGCUUCACGGAGUCUUACGGGGUCAAGACAUAAAACUGUAACCACUAAAACAAUACCACCAGGAACAGAAAUAGGAAAUGAAGUUUGUGAGUCAUCAGAGUAUAAUCCGAAUCUCCUGGAUGAUCCUCAAUGGCCUUGUGGGAAACACAAGCGUGUUCUCAUCUUUGCAUCUUACAUGACCACAGUAAUAGAAUACGUGAAACCCUCAGAUCUUAAAAAGGACAUGAAUGAAACUUUUAAAGAGAAGUUUCCUCACAUCAAGCUAACGCUAAGCAAAAUCAGAAGCUUAAAGAGAGAGAUGUGGAACCUGAGUGAAGAGUGCAAUCUAGAGCCAGUUACUGUGUCAAUGGCGUAUGUUUACUUUGAGAAGCUUGUUCUCCAAGGCAAGCUCAACAAACAGAACCGCAAACUGUGCGCUGGUGCUUGUGUGCUUCUUGCAGCCAAGAUCAGCAGUGAUCUCAGGAAACAUGAAGUUAAACACCUUAUUGAUAAACUAGAAGAAAGAUUCAGAUUCAACAGACGAGAUCUCAUUGGAUUUGAAUUUACAGUGCUUGUAGCUUUGGAGCUGGUCCUCUACCUUCCGGAAAACCAAGUCUUACCUCAUUACAGACGUCUCACACAGCAAGCCUGACCAAAGCUACAUUCCAACUGCUCACCAGUGGCUCUGGGGAUUAACAGCAUUACUGAACAUUUUGCUCCUGAAUUUGACACUUGCCACUGACCACCUCUGUGUCACAAUAUGCAUCAGAUCAUGCCUACAGCUAGUUUGAAGACUGCAGCAUGAUUUUUAAACAGUCAAGAUGUACAUUAAUGAUACAGGUACCAAGUCUGUAUCAGGAGAUGGUACAAAAAGGGUUGUCUUGAACUUUAUUUUCCUUUGGACAUUAAAGCACAAAUGAUUCACAAACUA